AGAAAUCGCUGCCUCUUCUCACACCUACAAAACCCGUCGUCUAUUUAGUAAUUCCCCUCACAGCAGAGAAAGAAGCUUCACAAUUCACAUUCCCACCAACGGAACCAUGGCCUCCGUGUACAGCUGUACGGAGUGCGGAUCCAACCUGAAUCUUAACUCCGCUCAUGCCUACCCUCCAGACUUCUACUUCGAAGCCGGCAACAAGGGCUCCGUCUCCUUCUCCGUCGCGGACCCCACCAAGUUCAAGUUCGAGAAGGAGGACAAGCUUCGCCCCUUCUUCGAAACCGUCAACUACUGGGGAAUCCAGAGGAAGAGGACCAAGAUCAAGUGCAACACCUGUGACUGUCUCCUUGGCUACGUCUAUGACGAUGGUCCACCUCUUACCGAUAGUCCCGGUCAAUUUCACAUGGGUCCUAGCCAAGUUAUCCCCAGAGCGCCAAGAUAUAGGUUCAAGACCAAAACCCUCAGAAUCACUUCAACUUAACGCGUAUUUGGUUUUUUCGAUGUCAUUUUUAGAAGCUAACUGUUAUUAGAAGGCUUCUUUCAAUAUCUUUUUAGAAUCUUUUAUAGUCAUACGCAUGUUAUUGUACAGACCAUCGUAGUUUGUGUAAUAUUUCACUCUUCUCUUUAAAAUAAAGUGCUUUAUGAGUGAAAUUGUACUGUUUUUACUGUCCUUCCUUAUACAUAAUUUACGCUCUUGAUUGAUA